UGAAUGUGAUUGGACGUUGUGUGCCGUAAACCGUGUUGGUCACAGAACGCAUGGACAGAAGGAGCAGCGUGUGUGAACAGCAGAAGUGAUGGAGGCAAAACCCAAAAAACCCUUCUCCCCCAAAGGUGGAAAGAAGUUUACACAGAAAGGGAAAGACUCUAUAGGGACCAAACUCGGUGGAAAACCAGGCGGUAAAAAGCCCUUUAAACCGUUCAACAGCACAGAAAGGAAAGGCAAACCGGGCAAGAGUGGAGAUGGCGGCAAGAGAGAACACAAACCUGGGUUUUCCAAAGAUGGGAAGGGAUUGAACAAGAGAAAAAUGUCGCAAUUUAAAGCCAAAGAUGAAGAAGGAGGAGACGGUCCAAGGGCUAAGAAGAUGAAGAAAGGCGAGUUUAAGCCGAAGAAGAGAGAGCUGACAGAAGAGGAGCUGAAGAAGAACAGGCAGCAGAGGAAGAAGGAUCUGAAGAAGAGCAGGCAGGAGGCGGAGAGGAAGGACAUGUUCCAGAUCAUCUGUCAGUCCAAACAAGUGUGGGGAGACCUCAGGAGGAAGAAAUGUGACCAGGACACGAAGAAGAAACUGAUGAAGCAGCUUCAUGAUCUGAUCCGUGGGAAGAUCAAACAGAUGGCGUUUGCUCACGACUCUGUGCGAGUGCUGCAGUGUUUCAUCCAGUUCGGCAGCCACGAGCAGAGACAGGAAGUGUUUGAGGAACUCAAAGAUGAUGUGAUUGGUUUGUGUAAGUCACAGUACGGCAAACAUGUGGUGAAAAAACUGCUGAUGUACGGGAACAAGGAGCUGUUGGCAGGUGUGAUGCAAACAUUUAAAGGUCACGUACGUCCGAUGCUCCGUCACGCCGCUGCCUCGUCCAUCAUCGAAUACGCCUACAACGACAAAGCCGUGCUGGCACAGAGACUCAUGCUCACUGAGGAGCUGUACGGAAACACCUUCACCGUCUGCAAGUCUUCGGUGUGUAACACCAUCGAGAAAGUUGCAGAGGAGAACCCCGACAAGCUGAGCAACAUCAUCGAUGAGAUGAAGCAGAUUCUCACUCCCAUGGCCCAGAAAGAACAAGUCAUCAAACACUCUCUGGUCCACAAAGUUUUCUUGGACUUCUUCCUGUUUGCACCCGACAAACAGAGAACGGAGAUGAUUGAGUCCAUCAGAGAGUCUGUGGUCUACAUGGCUCACACACACGAUGGAGCACGAGUGGCCAUGAACUGUCUGUGGCACGGGACGGCCAAGGACAGAAAAGUCAUCAUCAAAACUAUGAAGACAUACAUGGUGAAGUUUGCCAUGGGGGAGUUUGGUCAUCUGGUUCUUCUGGCCAUAUUUGACUGUGUGGACGACACCAAGCUGGUCAAACAGGCCGUUCUGUCAGAGAUCUUGGCGUCUCUGGAUGAGGUCAUCAGUAAUAAAUAUGGUAAGAAGGUGCUGUUGUACCUGCUGAGCCCCAGAGACCCGGCUCACCUGCUGCCUGAGAUCAUCAAGGUGCUGGAGCAAGGAGACGGAAACACACACAGUAAAAAGGACACAGCGCUUCGGAGGAAGGAGCUGCUGGAAGUCGUCUCCCCUCCGCUGCUGAAUUAUCUCUCUGAAAACACAUCAGCCAUGGUGAUGGAUAAGGCCACCAGCGUCACCGUCAGCGACAUCCUGGCGUCAGCCAGCGGGGACCUGCGGCCCGCCAUGACGGCCGUGGCUCAGAUGGCCAAUCAGGAGUUAGUGCCGGGAGGGAUCAAAGGAGAGCUUCACAUGGCCGAACAUCCAGCAGGACACCUGGUGCUGAAAUGGCUCAUAGAGCAGGACCUCACACUGUCAGAGGCCGGCAAAGAAGAGCGGUUUGGCAGGAUACUGGUUGACACGGUGGGGACGGACAAACUGAAGACCUGGGUCAAAGCCAACAGGGGAGCCAUGGUGCUCUGCAGCCUCCUGAACAGCUGUGACAAGUCCGUGGCGGCGGAGGUGAAGGAAGCGCUGAAGUCCAUCACGUCAGAGCUCAGCAGCAUCAGCAACAACAAAGGAGCUGAAAUCCUGCUGGAGAAUCUGAACAAGUAGAGACUUCUUAUUCCAAACAAACUCUUCCCGUGAAGCGCAUCACUUCCUGUGCAGCAGUGACUCAUUUUAUUUUCCAGGGAACAUCAACAAGACUGAGUGUUUGUAGCAGCAGACGGGAAUGUUAUCAGGAAGUGGAUACGACCCGGAACGCUGUUGUUUGAUUUCAGUCACUGAUGGAUAAAUGGACGUGAGUUUGUCUGGAAACUGUUGAGGAUUAUAUCUGUGAAUAAUGAAAGAUGAGGUGAUGCUACCAGCAAAACAGGUUAAAAUACACAGAUGACGUAUGUAAGCAGAGUUCAAUUUUAUCAUACAUGAACUGUACAUUUCACACCAAUUCACUAUUAAAGCCUUCAGAUAAUGGCAAAGUCUCAUCAGAGCUGGGUGGAGUAACUGGGCUGAAUAAAUAAAUAAAGGCUAGUUGCUACAAACAUUGAGGGGUGUUGGAAUCAGAUGUACUGUAAUAGUUUAUGUCCUACAUUUGGGAUGUUGUACAUCACAGCACGGAUUCAUCAGUGCAACAGUCAUGUCAUACUCACCUUCUCUUUUUCAACAUGCAUACUGUUUUCUUUUAGUAAUUAAUUUAAAUCACUUAUACUUUGCCGUUUUUUCACUCGCUGUUAAGUUAUUCAGUAAUCUUCAUUUCUUGUGAGUCUAAAACAUCUUCAGGAAGUGUUGAGUAUCAUUGACUCUACAUGCAGUGAUGAGUAUGACAUGACUGUUGUAGUGAUGUAUCAGUGCUGCGGAAUCAAGACAACAUGUAAACAUGGACAAGUGUUGAGUUUGUAUUAACAGCAAAUUAAAACAGGAACAAAACAAUAACCAGGGAAGCUUCUUACUAAAAUAUGGUCAAAUGUGUGUAAAACAAGAACUAGUGAGGAAGAAGGACGUCUCUAUGUCUUCAAAUAGAGACCUGCUCCUCUUUGUAGUUUAGGUAAAGAAAACUAUUUGAGAAUUUAUGGCAUACAGACAGGUUGAAAAAACUUCAUCACAAAAAAGCAUCACUUCUCUCUAGUGGUUUCUAUCCAUACAGAUACAGAUUUCAUCCGUCCAGAUCUUCAGAUUUCUGCCUUCUAUGUCCUGUAUUUCCAGACAUGGUGUCCCUGUUACACUGGAAACUGUUUCUUCACUAGAAAAAACAGAGUCAGAUAUGUCAAAAUUAUCUGCGAGGCAGGAUACAGUCUAAAGGUUGUUUUGGUGAUUCGGGUGAACACUAGGCUGUACAGUCAGUGGAUACAAACAGCAGAACAGGUACUUGCUGUCCAGUCAUCCUGUUUGUGUCAUCAGGUUAUCAAUUUAUCACAGAUGUAUACAUUAGACCUCAUCCCUCUGCUGAGGUAAAAGAACUGAUGGUUUUGUUUGUUUUUUGAGGUAUUUAAAAAAAAAAAGAAGAAGAAAAGUUAACAAAGAUAUUGAUUCUGUUUCAAAUAUUUUGUAAAAUUUUGUACUUUGUGAGUGAUUGUUUUAUCAGCUGGAAAGAAAAUGGCAAAAUAAAGAUUAUUGUGACUAAA